CGCGUGUGACGGCGUGUUGUGUGUUGUGCGUGUGUGUCCGGGUGUCGAGCGAGCGUGUGUGCGCCGCGGAGCCCAAGUCCACAGCCCGUCGAGACCCAAUCGCGGAAACUGCAGAGCGGAGAGCGCGGCGGCCGGGGACGGAUCCCAACCGGGGGAGGGAAGAUUCUUUAUCUUUAUUCCCGAAGCAUAACGUUGUUUGCUGAUCAGAAGAAGAUGUUUCUCUGGCUCUUUCUGGUUUUGUCAACCCCUGUUUCGUCCUGGGCAAGUGCAGAUUCUGACAUGUCGGUGGAAAUCUGCAAUGUGUGCUCCUGCGUGUCAGUUGAGAAUGUUCUGUAUGUCAACUGUGAGAAGGUUUCGGUCUUCAGACCAAACCAGCUGAAGCCUCCCUGGUCGAAUUUUUACCACCUCAACUUUCAAAACAACUUACUAAUCAUCCUCUACCCAAACACGUUUCUGAAUUUUUCACACGCAGUUUCCCUGCAGCUGGGGAAUAAUAAAUUGCAGAACAUUGAGGGAGGAGCCUUCCUUGGGCUCAGUGCACUAAAGCAGUUGCACUUGAACAACAAUGAAUUAAAGAUUCUCCGAGCUGACACUUUCCUUGGCAUAGAGAACUUGGAGUAUCUCCAGGCUGACUACAAUUUAAUCAAGUAUAUUGAACGGGGAGCCUUCAAUAAGCUCCACAAGCUGAAAGUUCUCAUUCUUAAUGACAAUCUGAUUUCAUUCCUUCCCGACAACAUUUUUCGAUUCGCUUCCUUGACCCACCUGGACAUCCGAGGGAACAGAAUUCAGAAGUUGCCCUACAUCGGCGUUCUGGAACACAUCGGGCGCGUUGUUGAAUUGCAGCUGGAAGACAACCCCUGGAAUUGUACCUGUGAUUUGUUGCCUCUCAAAGCCUGGCUGGAGAAUAUGCCCUAUAACAUCUACAUCGGAGAAGCCAUCUGUGAAACUCCCAGUGACUUGUAUGGAAGGCUUCUGAAAGAAACCAACAAACAAGAAUUGUGCGCCAUGGGAACCGGGAGCGACUUCGACGUGCGGAUUCUGCCGCCCUCUCAGCUGGAGAGCGGCUACACGACCCCCGGUGACCACACCUCGCAAACAUCACCGCACCGAUUAGUGACCAAGCCGCCGAAGACCACUAAUCCCUCCAAGAUCUCGGGAAUAGUAGCAGGCAAAGCCCUAUCGAACCGUAAUCUCAGUCAGAUCGUGUCUUAUCAGACCAGGGUGCCUCCGCUGAUGCCUUGUCCGGUCCCGUGUUUCUGCAAGACGCAUCCUUCCGAUCUGGGAUUAAGCGUGAACUGCCAAGAGAAAAACAUACGGUCCAUGGCUGAGCUGGUCCCCAAACCUUUAAAUGCCAAGAAGCUGCACGUAAACGGCAACGGCAUUAAAGAUGUGGCCACGUCAGACUUCAGUGAGUUCGAAGGGCUGGAUUUACUGCAUUUAGGCAGCAAUCAGAUCACGGCCAUCAAGGGUGAAGUAUUCCACAACCUCACCAAUUUACGGCGGCUCUAUCUCAACGGCAAUCAGAUAGAGCGCCUGAGUCCCGAGAUGUUUAUGGGCCUUCACAAUCUUCAGUAUCUGUAUUUGGAAUACAAUUUGAUCAAGGAGAUUUUAGCCGGCACCUUCGACCUGAUGCCCAGUCUGCAGUUGCUGUACUUGAACAACAACCUCCUGAGGAGCCUGCCGGCUUACAUUUUCGCCGGCGCACCCCUCGCUCGCCUGAACCUGAGGAACAACAAAUUCAUGUAUCUACCCGUAAGCGGCGUGCUCGAUCAGCUUCGCUCUCUCUCCCAGAUUGACUUGGAAGGCAAUCCGUGGGACUGCACUUGCGACCUGGUGGCCCUGAAGCUGUGGCUGGAGAAGUUGAACGACGGUAUCGUCGUCAAGGAGCUGAGGUGCGAGACGCCCGUGCAGUUCGCCAACAUCGAACUGAAGUCCCUCAAGAAUGAAAUCUUGUGUCCCAAGCUGUUGAACAGGCCGCCCGCUCAGUUCACUAGCCCGGCACCCGCCAUCUCCCUGACGACGCCCCUGGGGCCCAUCCGAAGUCCGCCGGGCGGCCCAGUGCCCCUGUCGAUUUUAAUCUUGAGCAUCCUUGUCGUCCUGAUUUUAACGGUCUUCGUCGCUUUCUGCCUGCUCGUCUUCGUGCUGCGGCGCAACAAGAAGCCCGCCGUGAAGCACGAAGGACUGGGGACCCAAGAAUGCAACGCCAUGCAGCUGCAGCUCAGGAAGCCCGAUCACAAGGCCGGUAAGAAGGAUACACUGGCGGCAGAAGCGUUCAUUCCUCAGACCAUUGAACAGAUGAGUAAGAGUCACACCUGUGGCUUGAAAGAGUCAGAGACGGGUUUCACCUUCUCGGAUCCUCCGGGGCAGAAGGUCCUUCUGCGAAACAUCUCGGAGAAGGAGAAGGAUUUGCUGCACGUGGAUUCGAGGAAAAGACUGAGCACAAUCGAUGAACUGGACGAAUUGUUCCCCGGCAGGGAUUCGAAUGUAUUUAUUCAGAACUUUCUGGAAAGCAAAAAGGAGUACAACAGUAUAGGGGUCAGUGGCUUUGAGAUCCGUUACCCGGAAAAACAGCAAGACAAAAAAAAUAAGAAAUCACUCAUAGGGGGUAAUCACAGUAAGAUCGUUGUAGAGCAGAGAAAAAGUGAAUAUUUUGAACUAAAAGCCAAACUUCAGGGUACUCCUGACUACCUACAAGUCCUUGAAGAGCAAACAGCUUUGAACAAAAUAUAGGUCAUGCAAUCUUAUUUCGUACAGAGAACAUUUAUUUAAUGAUGAAAGUGCCUUUUGUUGACUCCUCACUUCCAAAUACUAUAUUAAUGAUAGGCAUAGAGGCAGGUUUUCCUGGGGGGUUUCACUGAGCGUAGCUGCAGAUGAUUUUGCAAAGUAGAAGAAAGUUUCCUUAACAGACUUACCGUGUAAAAUGUAGGCCCUGUGGAAUCCUGGAAGGAUACUACAAACUCUAUUGCCAAAGGGAUGCUUUAUACCACAUAAUACAUUGAAUUUAACCUCAAGAGGCAUAUGUGUUUUGUACCCUAAUGCAAAACCUUCAUCUCCUUGUGAUUUGUUAAGCAAACACAAGAAAACUGGUACCGAGUGCUCGUACCUCAGCUGGGUUCUUCACCUUGCACGCGGAUUAAGUUGGAGGAACUGAAGUAGUCCUUUGAUUUGUGGCAUUGUACCAACUCCGUUUAAAGAUUAUCUGAAAAGUAGAAAAAAACAAACAAACAAAAGCAAACAAACAAAAAAAAAAAAAACAGCAUGCAAAGAGAGAACAUUCGAUAGUAUUUGUAAAUCGGUAACAUUUCCGGCCUGCAUCUUGAAACCACGGGAUUUAUCAUGUUAAAUUGUGCAAAUAUUUGUUUAAAACAGACCAUGGAUUACAUACCUACGAAAUAAAUUUGACCUCUUUAAGCAUACCUGUCUAUACGUAAAACUUAAAAGAAAAAAGUUCAACCUGAGUUUUACAGCAUUUGUGGUGAUCUGAAGAAUUACUUGAUGUUUAUGCAGAAUUAAAUAUGAAUCCAACUAAACUAAGACUAGAGUUUGUUCUCAGUUAUGCGAAAUAUCCACAAUCCUAAAAGGUUGUCCAAAAUGUUCUAGUGCUUACUGUGUGAGCGUACCAGAAACUAUUUUUGUAAUACAAUUCAUAUUUAUGAAAUACUUUGUAUACUAAAUACAAACAUAUGUACUCCUUAUUAUGUAUUUAAUAUGCCUGACGUUUUCCUG